AUGCUCAGCACGGCGCAGGUGGACUGCAUUGUCACGGCCCAUGAAGAUGUAGGCUUGGCAGCCUCGACCAAGCUUUCGGUGCGUGUGGGAAUGAUCAACUACGGCUCCAUGGCAGGGAGAGUUUCGACCCUCUGCCUCUCUUUUGCGGAAUUUGUGGAGAGCUCUUUUGAGAGUGAUUCGAUGCCGGCUCAGGUUCAAAUCCCUUGGUUCUAUUGCCUGGUGUGGAGCACGUUCCAGUACAGCAGUCCUCCCUGGCCGUCAACGAUGCCAUCUUUAAGCUUGUUUCUGGGUUCAAUAGCAGCGGGAUCUGUCAGUGAAUGUUGCACACUGCAUGUGGGGCUGCCUUUUGGACAGGCUUGUGCGCCCAAGCCUACAUGGCUGGACAUCGAUGAGAGCACUGGCGCCGUGUCAGGCGUUCUUGGGUCGGGGGCUUGA